UCGGCCGUGUGCGACGUAAGCGCCUAUUUUUUCAUUUAAUUUCCAAUAGCUUUAACGAUCGGAUUUUACCACGUGAAACGUACUAUCUCUCAUCAAAAUGCAGGUUCCACCAAUUUUUAUGGAAUUGCCGCUAGAUGAUCAGGCACAAGAGCUAAGGGUAUAUUUUAAAAGUCUCGGUGCAGAAAUCAGCGAAGAGAAAUCUCCCAAAGGUAUAGAAGAUGACUUACACAAGAUUAUUGGAGUGUGUGAGGCAUGUUUCAAAGAAGGUAAUGAAAGUGAGAUAGAAUCUGUGUUAAAUGAUAUCGUUUCCAUCAUGAUCCUGAUACCUACGGAACGUGCGGAAAAUCUUAUUUUAGCAUUUUGUGAAAAACUUAUAAAGGCACCUGGAUAUAAGCUAGGAUUGGUGUGCCUAAAAGCUUUAUGGUUACUAUUUCAGUCUCUGGCUGACGAUUCUCCAAUGAGAUAUCACGUUUAUUACCAUUUAGUGCAAAUAGCUCGCAAUGUCGACCAAGUAAAAGCAGUGUAUGGUGGAAUAGACCAAUUGAAGCAACAAUUUGCUUCCUUUCCACCAUCAAAUGAACAAAUGCAAAAAUUACUGCGUUUGCUACACGAAGUUCUCCUGAGCUGCAAGCAAGGAGAGCAAGCAGCAGCAGUCAUGGUAGAACUCUUAGGGACUUAUACAGCAGAGAAUGCUUCUGCAGCGAGAGAGGACGCACAACGUUGCAUAUUGGCUGCAUUAGCAGACCCGAAUACAUUCUUAUUAGAUCCGCUCUUGGCCUUGAAACCCGUGAGAUUCCUGGAGGGCGAACUGAUACACGAUUUACUUCUCGUGUUCGUGCAGGACAAACUGCCGGCGUAUUUAUACUUCUAUCAACAUCACAAGGAAUUUGUCGAGCAUCAACUUGGUUUAAAUCACGAGCAAAACAUGAAGAAGAUGAGAUUGUUGACCUUUAUGCAACUCGCCGAGACUAAUCCGGAAAUGUCUUUCGAUACGAUACAGGAAGAGCUGCAGAUCGGUGAAAGUGAAGUGGAAAGUUUCAUAAUCGACGUUUUAAAGACAAAACUUGUAAGAGCGCGCAUGGAUCAAGCGGGUCGUAAAGUAUUAAUCUCGAGCACGAUGCAUAGAACCUUCGGACGUCCGCAGUGGAUGCAAUUACGAGAUUUACUUGUAUCGUGGAAAGCUAAUCUCGCAGCCGUUCAAGACGGAAUGAAGACUGUGGCCGCUGCACAAAUAGAACUCGCGACGAAAAAUAAAGCUACGCUUGGUCAUUAACGCUGAAAGAUUUAAUAAAUCGAUAACACACACGAGUGUACAAUGA